AUGCUGCCGCGGCUGCACCUCCGCAGGUCGAUAUUUGGCGCCUCCGACUCCUGGCUGCCCAAGCCGCCCGCACGCUGCUUCGAGCGGGAGGAGGUUGUCGGGUGGGCUCCCGAAAUCCUGUUUGACAUCGUGGCCGACGUCGAGCUCUACUCGGAGUUUGUGCCUCUCUGCUCGGCGAGCCGCAUCGUGCGCAGGCACGGGCCGGACCGCUUCGAUGCGGUGCUCGGGAUUGGCUACCUCGGCCUCUCCGAGGAGUACACAUCUCGCGUGACACUCUCGCGUGGCACGUCGCCAGCGAUAGUUGUGGCCGAGGCGCUCGACGCGCGGCUCUUCACGCGGAUGCGCAGCGAGUGGACCUUCUCGCCCGCGUCGGCGGGCGGCUGCCGCCUCGCGCUGCGCGUCGACAUGCAGCUGCGAGCCCACUCACACGACCAGCUGCUCCGCUCGGUGAUGGGGACGUUUGCCGAGCAGCAGGUCUUCGCCUUCCGCCGCCGCUGUGCCGAGCUACACGGC